CGCGCGGGGUGUAAUGCGAGAGAAAGAGGAGACGGCGUCGUGUGCACACGCUGCCGGAUUAACGCGCAACACCAAAAAAAAAAAAAAUACCCCACCAAAAUAGCUUCGGCGUUUUUUCCCGGCGCCGUGGUGGAAAAGCUCCCGAGUGUCGCCCGGGAGAGAGAGAGAGACAAAACUGUACCCGGAGUUCCUGGUUUGUUUUUUUUUUUUUUUUUUUUUCGUCCUCGGGAAGCUGCGGGGGGAUCCAAGUUGACUCAAGACUGGGUCCAAACUCCGGGCCGAAACGGAUCACCCCCCCGUCGACGGACAACUUUGUUUGGUUAGCUAGCUAGCACUUUAGCUAACCGGAUUGAAAGUUUUCCGCCGCGCCGUCCCGCUAUGUCUGGGAGCGAAGAGGACAGAGAUGACUUCGGAGCCCCGGAGGAUCGCUUGAUGCACGAUGACGAAGAGGAGAUCUCAGAGAAUGAGACUCCCAAGGUGAAGAAGAAGAAAAAGGCCAAGAAGAGCCGAGAGAGCAAGAGCAGCAAGAGGCGGUCACGCAGAGAGGAGCUAGCCAUCAGCUCCCCGGAGCCGAUGGAUGUGACGGGGGUGGAAGAAGCGGAGGACGUGGGCCCCGCCCAGCGCUCUGACAGUGAGGGCAGUGACUACACCCCAGGGCGCAAGAAGAAGAAGAGAGCCAGCAGCAGCAAAGACAAAAAGAGGAGCAGCACAGGAGGUGACAGGAGUACUGGGGGCUCCUCCUCUGCUUCCAAGAGGAAGGACCCAGAGCCCGAAGAAGAGGAGGAGGACGAUGAUGACGAUAGCUCGGAGCCUAAGACGUCGUCACAGCUGCUGGAUGACUGGGGUAUGGAAGACAUUGACCACAUCUUCACUGAGGAAGACUAUCGUUCACUGACCAACUACAAGGCCUUCAGCCAAUUUGUCAGGCCUCUCAUAGCAGCCAAGAACCCCAAGAUUGCUGUGUCUAAGAUGAUGAUGGUGCUUGGGGCAAAGUGGCGUGAGUUUAGCACCAACAACCCACUGAGGGGCGCAGCAGCCGCCAAUGCUGCCCUGGCCACUGCCAAUGUGCCAGCUGCUGUCGACAAUAUGGUGUCAGAGGUCACGCCGGCCGCUCCUCCACCCCCCACCCCCGCAGAGCCAGCAGCACCUCCUGCACCACCCCUCCGCAAGGCCAAAACCAAGGAGGGCAAGGGUCCCAACGCCCGGAAGAAGUCGAAGCCUGCACCCAAACCUCAGGAAAAGAAAAAUAACUCAAAGACAAAGAAAGUGGCUCCUCUUAAAAUCAAACUGGGAGGAUUCAACAGCAAAAGGAAACGUUCCUCAAGUGAGGAGGAUGAGCCAGACGUGGACAGUGAUUUCGAUGAUGGCAGUAUGAACAGUGUCUCUGUGUCAGAUGGUUCCAACAGCCGCAGCAGUCGUGCCAAGAAGAAGCCCUCUAAGAGCAAACCCAAGAAGAAGAAAGUAGAGGUGGAAGAUGGAGACGGUUACGAGACAGACCACCAGGACUACUGUGAGGUCUGCCAGCAGGGUGGCGAAAUCAUUUUAUGUGACACCUGCCCCAGGGCCUACCACAUGGUCUGCCUGGACCCCGACAUGGAGAAGGCCCCCGAGGGCACCUGGAGCUGCCCCCACUGUGAGAAGGAGGGCAUUCAGUGGGAGGCCAGAGAGGAGGGCUCAGAUGGGGAGGAUGAAGCUGGGGAGACGGGUGAGCCGGAGGAGGAUGACCACCACAUGGAGUUCUGCAGAGUGUGCAAGGAUGGAGGGGAGCUGCUGUGCUGCGACUCUUGCCCCUCAUCCUACCACAUCCACUGUCUCAACCCCCCGUUACCAGAGAUCCCCAACGGAGAGUGGAUCUGCCCCCGCUGCACGUGUCCGCCCAUGAAGGGUAAGGUCCAGAAGAUACUAACGUGGCGCUGGGGAGACCCCCCACCCCCCACACCAGUGCCCCGCCCACCAGACCUUCCGGCCGACGCCCCCACUCCUGCCCCAUUGGCAGGGAGACCGGAGAGGGAGUUCUUUGCCAAGUGGUCCAACAUGUCAUACUGGCACUGCUCCUGGGUUACAGAAUUACAGUUGGAGCUCCACUGUCAGGUGAUGUUCAGGAACUACCAAAGGAAGAAUGACAUGGAUGAGCCACCACCCAUUGACUUCGGUGGUGAGGGAGAAGAGGACAAGAGCUCCAAAAGGAAGAACAAGGAUCCUCUGUAUGCCCAGAUGGAGGAGAAGUACUACCGCUUCGGCAUUAAGAUGGAGUGGCUCAUGAUCCACCGCAUCCUCAACCACAGUGUGGACAGGAAAAAUAAUGUCCACUACCUGAUCAAGUGGAGAGAGCUGCCAUAUGACCAAGCAACCUGGGAGUCUGAGGACAUGGAGAUACCAGAGUUUGACACCUAUAAACUGCAGUACUGGAAUCACAGAGAGCUCAUGAUGGGAGAUGAAGGGAAGCCAGGGAAGAAGAUAAAGGUCAAGGGGAAGGUGAAGAGACUGGACCGGCCUCCAGAGAACCCAGUAAUCGAUCCCACUAUCAAGUUUGACCGGCAGCCUGAGUACCUGGAUAGCACAGGAGGAACCCUCCACCCUUACCAGCUGGAGGGGCUGAACUGGCUGAGGUUCUCCUGGGCUCAGGGCACCGACACCAUCCUGGCCGACGAGAUGGGUCUGGGAAAGACGGUUCAGACCGCAGUGUUUCUCUACUCACUCUACAAAGAGGGUCAUUCCAAGGGGCCCUUCCUGGUUAGUGCCCCACUCUCUACCAUCAUCAACUGGGAGAGAGAGUUUGAGAUGUGGGCCCCUGACAUGUAUGUGGUGACCUACGUGGGAGACAAGGACAGUAGGGCCGUCAUCAGGGAGAACGAGUUCUCCUUUGAAGACAACGCCAUCCGCGGGGGAAAGAAAGCCUCAAGGAUGAAGAAAGACUCAUCAGUGAAGUUCCACGUCCUCCUGACCUCCUACGAGCUCAUCACCAUAGAUAUGGCCAUCCUGGGCUCUAUAGACUGGGCAUGUCUAGUGGUGGAUGAGGCCCACCGACUUAAAAACAACCAGUCCAAGUUUUUCCGGGUGCUAAACAACUACCCUCUGCAACACAAACUGCUGCUGACCGGGACGCCUCUUCAGAACAACCUUGAGGAGCUGUUCCACCUGCUCAACUUCCUCACACCUGAGAGGUUCAGUAACCUCGAAGGUUUCCUGGAGGAGUUUGCAGAUAUCGCCAAGGAGGACCAGAUCAAGAAGCUCCACGACAUGCUAGGUCCCCACAUGUUGAGGAGACUGAAGGCCGAUGUCUUUAAACACAUGCCCUCAAAGACCGAACUCAUCGUCAGGGUGGAGCUCAGCCCUAUGCAGAAGAAGUACUACAAGUUCAUCCUGACAAGAAAUUUUGAGGCCCUCAACACAAGAGGAGGAGGCAACCAGGUGUCCCUACUCAAUGUCGUCAUGGACCUCAAGAAAUGCUGCAACCAUCCCUACCUCUUCCCCGUGGCUGCCAUGGAGGCGCCCAAGAUGCCCAACGGGAUGUACGACGGCAGCGCACUCACAAAGGCUGCCGGGAAACUGUUGCUGCUGCAGAAAAUGUUGAGGAAGUUGAAGGAGGGAGGACACAGGGUACUCAUCUUCUCUCAGAUGACUAAGAUGCUUGAUCUCCUGGAGGACUUCCUGGAGAAUGAGGGUUACAAAUAUGAAAGAAUUGACGGAGGGAUUACUGGAGGAAUGAGACAGGAAGCUAUUGACCGAUUCAAUGCUCCUGGAGCUCCGCAGUUUGCCUUCCUGCUGUCGACCAGGGCAGGAGGUCUGGGUAUCAACCUGGCUACUGCAGACACGGUCAUCAUCUAUGACUCUGACUGGAACCCCCACAACGAUAUCCAGGCCUUCAGUAGAGCCCAUCGUAUUGGUCAGAAUAAGAAAGUGAUGAUCUACCGCUUCGUCACUAAAGCCUCUGUAGAGGAGAGGAUCACUCAGGUUGCAAAAAAGAAAAUGAUGCUGACCCACCUGGUGGUUCGGCCCGGCCUGGGGUCUAAGACAGGCUCCAUGUCCAAACAGGAACUGGACGACAUCCUCAAGUUUGGUACAGAGGAGCUUUUCAAGGAUGAGGGAGAAGGAGAGAACAAGGAGGAGGACAGCAGUGUGAUCCACUAUGACGACAAAGCCAUAGACCGUCUGCUGGACCGGAACCAGGAUGCCACUGAGGACACAGAGAUCCAGAGUAUGAACGAAUACCUCAGCUCCUUCAAGGUGGCCCAGUACGUGGUCAAGGACGAGGAAGAGGCGGAGGAAGAGGUUCAGAGGGAGAUCAUCAAACAGGAGGAGAGCGUGGACCCAGACUACUGGGAGAAGCUCCUCCGCCACCACUAUGAGCAGCAGCAGGAGGACUUGGCCCGCAAUCUGGGCAAGGGCAAGCGUAUCCGCAAGCAGGUCAACUACAAUGAUGGUUCCCAGGAGGACAGGGCUGAUUGGCAGGACGACCAGUCAGAUGGCCAAUCCGACUACUCUGUGGCAUCAGAGGAGGGCGAUGAGGACUUUGAUGAGCGGACAGAGGCCAACUCUCGCAGGCCGAACAGGAAGGGCCUAAGGAAUGACAAAGACAAACCACUGCCCCCCCUGCUGGCCAGGGUGGGAGGCAACAUCGAGGUGUUGGGUUUCAACUCUCGGCAGAGGAAGGCCUUCCUGAAUGCGGUGAUGCGUUAUGGGAUGCCCCCUCAGGACGCUUUCACCACCCAGUGGCUGGUCAGAGACCUCCGAGGGAAGUCUGAGAAAGAAUUCAAGGCCUAUGUAUCUCUGUUUAUGAGACACCUUUGUGAGCCAGGGGCAGAUGGAGCUGAGACGUUCGCUGACGGUGUCCCCAGGGAAGGGUUAUCAAGACAACAUGUCCUCACCCGCAUCGGCGUCAUGUCACUCAUCCGCAAAAAGGUUCAGGAGUUUGAGCAUGUUAAUGGCCAGUGGUCCAUGCCCUGGAUGGCUGAGCUGGAGGAGAGCAAGAAGGCUGCUGCCGCCAUAGCCCACCCCGACUCCCCUGGCAAGACGCCCUCCACGGGCACACCUGUAGACACCCAGCCCAACACACCUGCCACAGUUGACGACUCCUCCAAGAGCGACGAGGCAGCGAAAGAUGCAGAGAAGGAGAUGAAAAGGGAUGGAGAAGCAGAAAAGGAUGGCAAGAAUGACGAUGAGGUGAUUGCCAUACCAGAUGAUGAUGAGAGGAGUCCAAUAGCAGAGCAGAGGAUAAAGAAGGAGGAGAAGAACGGCGAGGAGGCCAUGGAGACGGACAAGCCCAGCAAUGGGGAAGCAGACAAGGAGAAAGAUGGGGAGAAAGAGAAGGAGAGCACAGAGGGGGGUGAAGAGACCAAGUCUCCACCUGAGGCCAAGACGGAAGGGUCAGAGGUCAAAUCAGAUUCAGCCUCUGAGGCCAAAGCAGAGGACAAGAAGGAAGACAAAACGGAAAAAAUGGACACCACUCCAGCUGCUGAUGAAAAGAAAGACCAGAAGGAGGAGAAGGAGGGGCUAAAGCCUGAGGAGGGGGCCAAGCUGCAAAAUGGAGACAGCGGCAAAGAGGGCGGAGCUAUUGGGGGUGGGGCUGCAGGGGGUGGAACCAGCGAGGAAAAGAAGAAAGCCAAGACCAGGUUCAUGUUCAACAUUGCUGACGGAGGAUUCACAGAGCUCCAUUCUUUGUGGCAGAAUGAGGAGCGUGCUGCCACAGUUACCAAGAAGACCAACGAGAUCUGGCACCGUCGCCAUGACUACUGGCUGCUGGCUGGCAUCAUACAACAUGGUUACGCUCGCUGGCAGGACAUUCAAAAUGAUGUGAAGUAUGCCAUCCUCAACGAGCCCUUCAAGGGAGAGAUGAACCGCGGCAACUUCCUGGAAAUCAAAAACAAGUUCCUGGCUAGGAGGUUCAAGCUGCUGGAGCAGGCCCUAGUAAUCGAGGAGCAGCUCCGGCGAGCGGCCUACCUCAACAUGUCAGAGGAUCCCUCCCACCCUUCCAUGGCCCUCAACACACGCUUCAGUGAGGUGGAGUGUCUGGCCGAGUCCCACCAACACCUCAGCAAGGAGUCUAUGGCCGGGAACAAGCCGGCUAACGCCGUCCUGCACAAAGUUCUGAAGCAGCUGGAGGAGCUGCUCAGCGACAUGAAGGCGGACGUCACCCGCCUUCCGGCAACCAUUGCCCGGAUACCGCCGGUUGCCGUGCGACUCCAGAUGUCAGAAAGGAACAUUCUGAGCCGACUGGCGAGCAGAGGCCCAGAGACACAGACACAACAGAUGUCACAGCAGUAGCCUGAACCUCAGCUCGCCUCUUCCUCCUGUACCUCAUAAAACCCGCCUCCCUCGUUUCCCACCUCAACAUUCCUGAUUGGUGCACAGCAGAUGACGGACAAGUCGCCUAAGCUUGAAGCCACGCCCCAUUCACUUUUUUUGCCCCCCCCCCCCCCUUCCCAAACAGACUUUGCAAAGUUUCUAGAGAAUUCAAACCUCCUUUCCACCCUUCCCCCCACUUUGAGGCUGUGGACAAAAAAAAAGCUAUUUUAUUUUAUUUUUUUUUUAUUUUAUUUUUUUUCAAUUUCUGUAUUAAUAUUAUUGAUAUAAUGUUAUUAUGAUGGUUUUUUGGGACCUAAAUAAACAAAAUGUAAUAAAG